GUUUGCACUUCCCUCCGCAAUAUUGUUGAAAACCCUCAGGGAAUAAUACCUGCGCCCCUCCGUUUGCCAACUCUCCCAAAGCAAUAUGGACCAAGACCGGUACUCGUCGCCAAAGCGACGACGAACCUCGGAUGCAGACUCUUCUUCCUCUCGCAACUCCUCAGCCGCUCCGCCAUCGCAUCCUCCUCCAUUGCGCCAUUCAGAAACAACGCUGUCAAGACAGGACUCAAGAAGAAGGAGAGAAUACUCAAGUUCACGAAGCAGGGGCCCGAGUCGAGAUGGCACACCUCGUCGGCGACGAUCGCGAAGUCGGUCCAGCUCGAGGAGACGAUCUAGUAGAAGUCCUACUGGCAGCUCCGCCUACGACUCUGCACCUGAGCAGCAGAAUGAUCCCGGUCGUUCACGAGCAAGACGGCACUCGAGGUCGAAAUCAAGAUCUAGCUCUUAUUCGCCGCCUCUCGGUCACUCUCCUUCACAAUCCCACUCUCGCUCCGCCUCACGGAAUGCAAAAUCGAAGUCCUUGAAAUUCACACCUCUUUCGACAAUCCCGCGCGCGCACGCCAGAGGUAUUACAUCUCUCAAGUUCUCGCCCGACGUGACUCUACUAGCCACCGCCUCCGCCGACAAUGCGAUCAACAUUUACUCCGUCCCUCCAAAUCCAACUCCCGAAACACCCUUCAAGCACCUGCGCACGCUCCGAGCACACCUCGCUGGCGUCAAUGCCAUAGCCUGGUCCCCCAUCGGACCAAACUACACGCUCGCCUCUGCAAGCGACGACAAGUCUAUCCUUCUCUGGUCGCCAAUGUCCUCCGACUUUCCAAUCUCCCCUUCCCCUCUGAUCGGACAUAGCAACUACGUCUACUCGCUGGCCUUCAGUCCCAAGGGCAAUAUGUUAGUGUCUGGUUCGUACGACGAGGCUGUUUUCCUUUGGGACGUCCGCGCCGGACGCGUCAUGCGCUCACUUCCUGCCCAUUCCGACCCGGUUGGCGGAGUCGACUUCCUUCGCGACGGGACGAUGGUAUGCUCUUGUGCGGGGGAUGGAUUGAUUCGGAUUUGGGAUGCCGGCACAGGCCAGUGUCUGAAGACACUCGUCGACGAGGAUCGCAGACCCGUGACGAGUGUGCGAUUCACUCCGAAUGGAAAAUACGUGCUCGCCUGGACGCUAGACAAUUCCAUUCGCCUCUGGCGCUAUACCGAGGGCACCUGUGUCAAGACAUAUCAAGGGCACGUUAAUCAGAAAUACAGUCUAGGAGGCGUUGUAGGAAGUUACUCAUCGAAACACGCGACGCAAGCUUUCAUGGCGAGCGGGAGUGAGGACGGCGAUGUCUUGGUCUGGGACGUCACGAGCAAGGAGGUUCUGUGGCGCGGAAGAGGACAUUCAGAUGUCGUGCUGGGUGUGGAUUUCGGCAGAACGAAGUCCGGAACAGGUCUGCUGGUCAGUGGAGGCCGAGACCGCGAUAUCAGACUCUGGUUACUUGAAGGUGCAAACGAGGACAAGAGAGACGUUACAGGAGCAGGCGAUACAGAUAUGGACCCUAACAUGACGGCGGACUUGAUGGAUGUGGACGGUGUGCCGGACGGUGGUGAGCAUGUACAUGGGAGAGCUGCAGUGGAGAAUGGCGUGGACGUUGAUAUGGACACGCCGAGGCAUGAGAGCAGCUGAAAUGGUAGAUUUGAUGAGACGAGUGAAUAACAGGAAUUGGACCAAAUACCGGAGAAGGCACCCUCCCUCUUGGUAUCCAUGGUAGCGAGCUUCAGAACCCGACUUGCAUUGAAGCCCCUUGGGGAGCCUUUCACUGUCGUAAAGGCGAAUGACAUCCAUGGUCGGAACAUAGAAGUACAAACUGCCUAGACUCCUGGCAGAUUCAU